AUGGCUGCGUUCGAGAUCGGCAACGCUUCGUACAACUACGCCAUGGAAGAUAUGCACGAGGCGUGGCGAGCCUUCCUCCCCUAUGUGAUUGACCUCUACAAGAAGGGUACUGCCACCAUCGAAAACGAAGGCGUCCAGGCCUGGUUCCGAAGGGCGCCUGGGGCAGCGUGCAAAAACGAAGGGACCAGCGGAAACACGGUCAGCCAGUUUCAGGUCGAAUUCCCGCCUACCGAGGUUCUCAAGGAUGAAGUAUUCUUCUCCGCGCUUCUGGGAUCGCCGGCCGAUGUUUCGGUCAGUAUUGGUGGCGUGGUGCAAGAGGCGACAUGGUCGGACUCUCCAGACGGUGGGGUUGGGAUCUAUCACGGCAGUGUGCCAUUCAAUGGCAGAACUGGGAAGGUCAGCGUGGCAGUUUCUCGGAAUGGCGCUGUUAUUGCAGAGGCAGGAGGGACCAUCUCCAUGGACUCUUGUCUGCUUGGUAUCCAGAACUGGAAUGCCUGGGUGUCGAUCGACUGGGCGACUGACACCAUCUCCGCGACGCCAAAGCUGGAUAUCAGCGAGCAGGUCUGCGUCAAUGGAACCGGGCCCAACAAAUUCGCCAGUCUUUGCGAGUUCACCUGCUCCUAUGGGUACUGCCCCGUCGGCGCCUGUGUCUGUACGGCCAUGGGCGAGCAACGGACCAUGCCCAAGGCCAAAGGAAUCAAGGGUUACCCUCUGGCAGGGGAAGACGCCAGCUAUAGUGGGCUCUGCGAUUUCAACUGCAAUUACGGCCCCUGUGAUCCUGAGGCAUGUGGUACCACCGAGGUUGCGCUCACCGUCCCCACCGUUUCGGAUUUUGCGCCACCAGCCUGCGUCAGCGGCACUGGCGACGGCAACCUGGCUGGUCUUUGCAGCUUCAGUUGCGGUUUCGGAUUCUGCCCCAUCAACGCCUGUACCUGUACAGCCGAGGGAGCCUUAGUCCUGCCUCCAACAACACAGGACGUCGGCGGCUACGCAGCCCCAGGCAUGGAUGCCUCUGUGUAUGGUCCUCUUUGCGAGUUUACCUGCAGCCAUGGAUACUGUCCUGAAGGAGCAUGUGCCACCAAUCCAUAUGGCAGUCCGGAUGGAACGACGCCGGGCAAGGUGGGCAUCAAACCACUGCCUUGCGCCUCUGACCUGAGCCCCUCGGCCACCUUCACCCUGUCAGCUGCGUGCACGGAUGCCAUCCUUAGCCUGCCAACCAGUGGGCCAGAUGCUUCCUCUCACAACGUGCCAGCCGGAUCUCCAGCCGUCUGCAACGAGGUCUGUGACUUCUUCCGCAUUCUGACCGGCACCUGCUGCGGUCAGGGUGGAAACAUGAGCAAUCCGAUCGACAUUCCUGGCGGGGUGGUGAUACCGCUGGAUAUUCCGCUGCCCUCUGGAUACAAGCCCAACAUCCCCAUUACCAUGCCUAUUCCUGGCCUAUACGAUCCCGAUGAGGUGUUUGGGAAUCCCACUUCCACCACUACUACCCUGGUCCCCGGUUUUACAACGACUUUCACCUACUACUCCACUUUCCCUGUCACUCAGAUAGACGCGUCGGGUCAGAUCACAACGACAAGCACCAGCACUCCCAUCGUUACGACCUCUGUUAUUGCCACAACGACGAGCAGUGGUGCUGAAACCACGGAUCCCCCCGAGAGCGACGAUCAAGACAAUCAUGACGACGAGGACGACGAGGGCACCGACGGCAAGCACCACCGAAAGCCCCGCAAGACAUGCCGCACGAUCGAUGCUGAUAUUCCUUUGACCACCUUUCUGCCCGGUAUCCCCUUGCCCUCCUCGAUCACUCUUCCGGCUGGUCUCUGCUUGCGCGAAAAGUCCAAUGACGACGAUGAUGACUCGCUCCAUAUCCCGCCAAUUGUGCUGCCUAACACUGACCCUCCGUGCUACACGAAUGACUGUUCGCCAUGCCGAAACGGUGCCUGUGGAGGUGAUCGAUCAUCCGGUGGCGGCUCGACUAGCUCCAAAGAUCCAACCAACCCAGAUGAUCCAGAGGACCCAGAUGAUCCUGAAGAUCCCGAUGAAUGUCCUGCCAGCCAGGAUGAUCCUCCGAGCGACGACCAGGGAACCUGUGGGAACGGGAACUUCCCUGUCUGGGACCCAGUCACCGGGGCGAUCAACUGCGACUAUCCUGCCAGUGAAGCCGGAGACCACAUGUCAGAGUGCCAGGCCAAUGCCUUGGACAAUCUGGAGGACAGUCUUGAUGCCAUUGACUGUUACACUGACUCGUGUGAUAGCCAGCGGCUGUCCAAACGCGGGAAGGCAAAGAGUGCCUGCAAACGGCCCACCUCCUACAAAGACAGCCCGAAUCCUGCUGUAUGCGAUGCAGUCUUCCAGUGCGAUGUUGAUCGCUGGCCAAAUGUCUGCAACAAUGCUCGCUCCGCCAUGGACAAAAAGAACGCCCCGUCUGUGCUUACCUAUCAUGGGCGCAGUUUUCACUCAACCGGCAGAUACCUAUCACUGCAUGGGCUUGACCAGAACAGUGAUGGUAAUGAACGGAAGGAUCGCAAGGACCUCGGCAACAGGCCUGCCUACAAAGUACGGAACGGAUGGGGUCUCAUGGGCUGCGAAGUGGAAGAGUACCCCUUUGGGAACAGUCUCCUUGACGAUGGAGCAAAGGCGCACUACAACGACCGGCCAACUCUACGCCUUAUUCCUCAGAACGAAAAUGGCAACCAUGGAACUGAACUGAAAAAAUUCCUGAACCACCUCAAAGCUCAAACGAAGAAGACCAACCCAACAUACUGCGUGGAAGUUUCCAGCUCCUCUGGCAACACGAACGCCUUGCCAGCAGAUUAUUGCAUCAGCGAGUACAAUACCCUAGAUUGCAACAACAAGUACGCUCAGGCCUAUGGUCCGGGCUACAUCUUGGUGAACGGCAUCACAGAGGACGACCGGAAGGCAGAGCGCAACAAGCCGGGAUUAAAAACGGCCAAGAAUGGGACCUGUGGUUUGACGACCCAGCGCAUCCCAACCGCAAAUGGGCGCACACCUUGA